CAGCAUUCUUUAAAUGAGAUUUUAUAUUGAAUAACAACAUUAUUCAAGAAUUUGUAAUAUUUUAUUAUAUAUUUACAAAUUUUCAGAAUUUUUAAAUCAGAAGAAUUUACAAAAAAUUCUACAAUUUAAAGGAAAAUAGAUAUCUUUCUUGAGAAGCUCAGCAAAUCCUAAAAGCUUUUUGUGCAAAAAAAGUUGAAGAGAACCCUUUAUUUAAUGUACAUCAUUUGAGAAUAAAAGAAUUCUAGCUUCUUAGGAAUUAAGUUCAAUUUUUGUAAAAAUUUAAAAUACUUUAGAAAUAGUAAUUUGUUAAAUUGUAUAUUAAAUAAGCAAAAAUCUUAUAAUAGCCAGGUUAGAAAUUUAGGUUUUGUUCCUUUUGA